AUGGGAUACAUUUAUGAAGCCAUGGAUAGGGCCAAGGAAGCUAUAGCAAAGUCGUUUGGAGAAAAUGAAGAACAAUACAAAGAUGUGUUUGAUAUCAUUGACAAACGAUGGGAAUGUCAACUUCACCGACCUUUGCAUGCGGCUGGGCACUAUCUUAAUCCGGAAUUUUUUUAUGCCAACCCAAUGGAGAUUAUCAGGACUAGUGAGAUAAUGGAUGGAGUGCUUAAAACUCUAGAGAGAUUGGUUCCUGAUGCUUCAUGUCAAGACAAAAUCAACAAUCAAAUGAGUAUAUAUCAUAAUGCGGGUGGCAUAUUUGGAAGAAACUUGGCAAUUAGGAAUCCAAAUUUGAAAUCACCAUGCGAAUGGUGGAAAUCUUAUGGAGCCUCAACUCCAGAGUUGCUAGAUUUUGCAAUCAAAGUACUCAGUCUAACUUGUAGCGUAUCCGGUUGCGAGCAUAAUUGGAGUAUUUUUGAACAUGUUCAUACUAAAAAAAGGAAUAGACUUGAUCAACAAAAGUUGAAUGAUUUGGUCUUUGUGAAAUAUAACCGAGCACUAAAGCGUCGAUAUGAUGACUAUGAUUGCAUUGACCCCAUUUCUUUACAAGGUAUUGAUAAUGCAAAUGAGUGGUUGAUAGGUACACUAGAAAAAGAGCAAGGAGAUGAUGAACUAGUGUUUGGUGAUGAUGACCUUACUUGGGAUGCAGUUGAAAGAGCGGCAGGGGUUGAUGAAAAUGCAUAUACUGCUCGAGGUCGAGGAGGAGGAAAGGGAAUAAAUACUAGUGCUUAA